GUCUAUGAAAUUGGGAAAAAUCGGUUCAGAUUUAGAUAUAGGUUCCAUAACCACCUUAAUGAUUUCGAUUUGGAUUUAAUUGACAUACCGAAGAGCGAGCUAGUGAGCAUUCGCGUCAGUUUAAAUUCAAUUGGAAAUACGUCAGGAACAAAAACGGAAAUCCACAUCGACGAAACGAAAUCUUCAUUCAUAACAAUGGCGCCCAAGGCUGGGAAGAUUAUUGGCUUAAAUAAAUUCCUUUUACAAGCAGAUAUUUUGGCUAAAUCCAUAGGUUUAAUACCCUAUGACGAGGAGGAUCGGGGCAAGCGGGGUAGCCACUAUGCUCUCCUAAUGAAAAUCAUUUUCAUCAUUAAUAUGGUGAAUAUGAAUUUUGUCUUGUUCUCGGAAAUUAUGUUUGUCCUGUUGGCCAUGAAAAAUGGCAAUAAUUUUGUGGAGGCGACCAUGAACCUGUCAUACAUCGGCUUUGUUUUUGUCGGAGAUAUCAAAAUCAUUAGUGUGCUGCGCAAAAAGCCCGUCCUAACAAUACUCAUGAAGGAAAUUGAAAAUAUCUACCCCAAGGAUGUGGAUUUGCAAAAAUCCUAUUAUGUUCGUCAAUUUGUUUGGCGUUUCAAUUUAAUCAGUUUGGGCUUUGUGGUGGUCCACGAGAUUUUAAUUUGGUUCUAUAAUCUGUACACAGCUGUGAGUUAUUUAAUCUAUGAGCUGUGGUUGGGGUGGCGCACAAUACCCAGGACUUUGCCGUAUUACUGUUGGGUGCCCUGGCAGUGGCAGGGCCACUGGUCGUAUUAUUUUUUAUAUGCAUCGCAAAAUUUUGCGGGUCAUACCUGUAUGUCUGGACAAUUGGCAAAUGAUUUGUUUUUGUGUGUGGCGGCUACACAGAUAAUUAUGCAUUUUCAAUAUUUGGCUAAGCGGCUAAGGGAGUAUCGGCCGACGGGAAAUUAUUCGGAAGAUUUGAAAUUUUUGGCGGAAAAUAUCAAAUAUCAUCAGGCUAUUAUACACUUGUCAUCACUAAUGAACGAAGUGUUCGGUGUUAGCCUUCUGGUCAAUUUCAUUUCAUCAUCUUUUAUUAUGUGCUUUCUGGGCUUUCAAAUGACCAUUGGCGUUGAGGCGGAUACCUUGGUAAUGCUCUUCAUGUUUCUCUUUUGUUCGUUGGUACAAAUUCUAAUGAUAUGCAAUUAUGGACAACAAUUGAUAAUAAAGAGCGAGGACAUAGGCGAUGCUGUCUAUUCACAGGAAUGGCUAAACAGUGAUUUACGUUAUCGCAAAAUGUUAAUUGCGAUAAUUGUUCGUUCCCAGAGGCCGGUGAUACUGAAGGCAACAACAUUCUUGAAUGUUUCGAGGAGCACCAUGACAGAGUUGAUGCAGCUCUCUUAUAAAUUCUUUGCCUUGCUGCGUACCAUGUAUUCAAAAUAA